UGGUCUAAAUUUUAACAGAGCGCAAAAGUGGGGGAAAUGGCGAUGGCUCAGAGUUGCGCCGCCGCAGCGAGGCGAGUGUUGGCGAGGGAGCAGCGCGCCCUCUUCACCACCGCGUCAUCGUCGACGUCAUCAUUUUCAGCAGCAGCUCAGUUCGGGGCUCCGAUGCUGUGCGGGCGGGGGGACAAGAAGACGAAGAAGGGGAAGCGAUUCAAAGGAUCGUUCGGAAACGCGAGGCCGAAGAAGGAGAAGAUGAUAGAGCGCAUCAAGGACAAGGUUGAGGUCCCCAGGUCCACUCCUUGGCCCCUCCCUUUCAAGCUCAUUUGAAUUUUCUAUUUAUUUAUUUAAUUGGUCUAGGGUUUUAGCUGCUGCUUCUUUAUAUACAUAUAUGGAAUGCUGCAGUAGACUCGUCUAUCCGGUGUACGAUAUUUGCUUGAAUGCUGCUUUUCUUCUUGAGUUUUUCAGCUUAGUAUAAUUUCGAUUAGUUUUUAGUUUUAUUAAUGUGGAACUAUCCAAGUGGGAACUUGUCCGUUUCUACGGAGGUUAUGAAAUAAAAGAGUAAUUCCUGAUGUAGUAGGGACUCAAGUCUGGUUGGAUAAUAUUCAAGUAAGCACCUUGUAAGGGAGCACUGUAGAUGUUUAAGGUUUUGGGUUCUAGGGUCACACACAUUCUCGCACAAGAAGUAGUAUGGGUGAGCUGAAAAGUUAUUUCCUUUCCAGCAAAGUUGAAAU